AUGUCAAACUCCACGGCUGAUGGCCGCCUCCAUCGGUAUUGGCCAGAAAGAAAUCUGAAUCUGUUUGAAUACCAGCCAAGCGGUGAUGCUACCUGGUACCAUCUCGCCGAUGCCAACACACUUAUCUUCAUCGGUGGUCUCUAUGAUUCCUUCCUUUCCGUACCCUACGUCCCAUUACUUGCUUCAUAUAUCCACCAAGUCCCUAAUUGGAGUCUCAUGGAAAUCCAGCUGUCAUCGUCUGGUGUUGGUUGGGGCACUGGUGAUCUCUGCCGGGAUGCUGAAGAAAUUGCGAAGGCUGUGGAAUACCUGCGAGGCUCUACCACAAACUCGAAGGCAGAUACCGCUGUCACCAGCCCCACUGGCAAGAUAGUCCUGAUGGGUCUCAGCACAGGCUGCCAAGACGUUCUCCAUUAUUUGUAUCACAACCCAGAGCAAAAGAGACCUCCGGUUGAUGGGGCGAUCCUCCAAGCUGCAGUCUCUGACCGUGAGGGACUUGUAAUGAUGUGUGAAAGAGACGAGCAUGUCCAGCGGGCUUAUGAGGAAUGUCUGCGCAUUUCCCUGGAGAGCCAAACAGAAGACUCGAAUGGCAAGAUAUUCACUCUACCUCCCGAAACCACCUCCAUUGUUGGCUGGCCAAGAGGCCUGGUUUCGUGCAAGAGAUUCUUGUCGCUAGUGUCGCCUUUUUCUCCCGAAAGACCUGGCGAUGACGACCUUUUCUCUUCCGACCUUUCGGACGAAGCAUUGAGCCAAACUUUUGGAGCAGUGGCCAAAUGUGGCCGGUUGACACCCAGCCCUUUGUAUGGUAUAUCGAUGCUCGUCAUGCUGUCCGCAGAGGACGAGUACACACCACCAACUGUCAACAAAGGCGCGUUGAUGAAAAGAUGGGCAGCAGCGCUGGAAAAUGGCCAUGCUAAAAUGGCACCUCCGUCUGGUGUGAUUGCGAACGCAUCGCACACCAUUAAAGAGCAUGCCGCACAGUUUGAUCUUGUGUAUAGGGUCUUGAGAUAUCUGGAAUUGUCGAUUGGGGGCGUCAAGGAAGAAACUUUCCUCAAGCUUGAGGAAAAGUUAAAUCUUCUGGACAGCCAGAAUCCAAGCAUAUAA